AUUUAGGAGUAAAACUCUUUAUUCAGCGUUCAGUUUGAAACAGACUAUAAAGUGCAGUACAUUAGCUGUACAAUGUUCCUACACGGCUAACUUUGCAGUAAAGAAGAGGAAAAAUCAAGAUGGAGAACAUGGGAGAAGAAGGCAAGAAUACAUACUGGCUAGGAGGGAGAGAGAAAAGAGAGUGGACACCUGCUGAAGCUGCAGACUGGGUUGAUGAGCAAUAUCUUCCAGCUCUUAGAGAAGCCAGUUUCAAAAGAGAGUGGACACCUGCUGAAGCUGCAGACUGGGUUGAUGAGCAAUAUCUUCCAGCUCUUAGAAAAGCCAGUGUCACAUAUCCAGAAGGGUGGUUGUUUAGUGGUUGUUCUAUCCCAACCCCUGAUUUAACUCCUGAUGAGUUAGAAAAACAGAUGUAUGAAAAUGUGGAAUUGGGAGAGAAGGGCAAAGUUGGCAGCUUCAUGGGGAAUGUAAAAGGAAAAAUCAAGAUGGAGAACAUGGGAGAAGAAGGCAAGAAUACAUACCUGCUAGGAGGGGGAGAGAAAAGAGAGUGGACACCUGCUGAAGCUGCAGACUGGUUUGCUGAGCAAUAUCUUCAAGAUCUUAGAGAGGUCAGUGUCAGAUUUCCAGAAGGGUGGUUGUUUAGUGGUUGUUCUAUCCCAACCGCUGAUUUACCUCCUGAUGAGUUAGAAAAACAGAUGUAUGAAAAUGUGGAAUUGGGAGAGAAGGUCAAAGUUGGCAGCUUCAUGGGGAAUGUAAAAGGUGACAAUGCUGAACAUGAAAUGUACAAGUACUUGACAAGAAUUCCUGAAACAUCAAGAACAGCCCUCUUUGUUAACUAUAAAUUCAGCAUGUUCCGAAGGUUUACAGGUCAACCUCACAAGGAUCAAGAAUUCGAUAUAGUCUUAGUCUUUGGUGAGCUAAGAAAAUGGCUUACAAUUGAAGUUAAAGCUGGACAAAAAGGAGGAGCAGGAUGGGCUGACCAGCUUAUGGAGGGAAAAAUAUUCUACAAAGAAGUCCUAGCUGCUACUGGUAUAGACACCCAGGACUGGGAGUAUAUACCAGUCGGAGCUUUUCCUAAUGCUCAAAAUCAGAACCAGGUUAAAGGAGUUCAAAAAUUUCUGAAUGAGAAUCGGAAUGGCCUGGUCAUCACUAAGCAUGAAAUGUCAAGAGCCUUAGAAGACCUACUGCCUAAUGGACCAAAGUAUGAAAUAGAUGAAACAUACCUAACUCUGGUGAAAUGGCUGAUGGCCUCAGCACACUGUUCAAAAUCUGCUGCUUCUCUCUCCCUGACACCCUCGGACCAUGUCAAGGAAACUAAAGAGAAACUUGUUGGAUCCAACACAUCAGAUCUAGGUGUUGGAGUGUCAGAUGAUCCAGGACCUCCUGCCAAGAAAACUAAAUGGAAACUUGUUGGAUCCAACACAUCAGAUCUAGGAGUUGGAGUGUCAGAGGAUCCAGGACCUUCCUCUUCCACAAUUACACUCUCUUCCUCGAAAGGAAAACCAGUUGGUUCCCAGGAAAGCAUUUUGUUCUGGAACAAGGAUCAAGCUCAGUUCCUCUUUCAAGAUAACCCAAGAUGUAUUAUAAAAGGGGAAUUUGGUUCAGGUAAAAAAGAGAACUAUUUGUGCAUAACUUUAUUUUUCUGUCACCAAAAUCUUCAUGGUAAAGUCUGUAAAAUCUUCAUGGUAAUGUCAUCAAAAUUUUCUGAAGUUACCUCAAUGCUUCUUUAAUAAUGUGGUGAAAAUUUUCAGAGGCACCGGUACACAAAUAAAUAAGGGGUUCAGUA